ACAGUCUCGUCUUAAUCUCUGAAAUUAAUCCCGAAAGCAAACUCUAAUAAAUCCCCCAGAUCGACAAUCCUCUUUCUCCAUUCCCAUUCCGCAUCACCUGCAGCAUCAGCAAACCAAUCCAGGGUCACUUCCUCUCUCCACACCACUACCCCAAUCCCCCAAACCCUAGCCGGAAUGGAGCCCAAAUCCACCACCCCGCCGCCGCCGGCCCCCGUGCUGGGCGCGCCCGUCGGGUACCCGCCGCCCGGCGUCUACCCGGGCGCCGCCGCCGCCGCCGGCUACCCGCACGCGCCGGCGCUCUACGCGCCUCCCCCGCCGCCGCCCCCCGCCGUCUCCGCCGCCUCGCAGCAGGCCGCCGCGCAGCAGCAGAUGCAGCAGCUCCAGGCCUUCUGGGCCGAGCAGUACCGCGAGAUCGAGGCCACCACCGACUUCAAGAACCACAACCUGCCCCUCGCCCGCAUCAAGAAGAUCAUGAAGGCCGACGAGGACGUCCGCAUGAUCGCCGCCGAGGCGCCCGUCGUCUUCGCGCGCGCGUGCGAGAUGUUCAUCCUCGAGCUCACGCACCGCGGAUGGGCGCACGCCGAGGAGAACAAGCGCCGCACGCUGCAGAAGUCAGACAUCGCAGCCGCCAUCGCGCGCACCGAGGUCUUCGACUUCCUCGUCGACAUCGUGCCCAGGGACGAGGCCAAGGACGCCGAGGCCGCCGUCGCAGCGGGGAUGCAGCACCCGGCCGCCGGCAUGCCCACCGCAGACGGCAUGGGCUACUACUACGUCCCGCAGCAGUAAUAAUUACAUCUUCAUAUGUCUAUUAUGCCUCUAGCGGUUUUAUUAAGUUAAGAUAAGAUUAUGUUGUUGUUGCUGCUCUCUAGUGCCUGCAUGGCUACUAUGUUUGUUUGUUCGCUCGAUCGCCGCAUAAUAACUUGGAAGAUGUUGUCAUCAUUUGAGAUGCCCUCCCUCUUCUGGUAGGAGGGCUGAUUCAAUUCCAGGAUUCCACAAGGUCA